GAAGCAGGCGGCUCUAGGACCCGGCGGGCGCCCAGCAGUGUGUGUGGAGGAGACAGAGAACAGGGUCCAGUUUAAAUCUGCCUGUAAUCUCUGCAGCAGCAGCAGCUGAGGCUGGGGAGGCUGCCUGCACCCCCUGCCCAGCCUCUGCCAGCCUCCCCUACCAUGGAAGCAUCAGACACCUAGCUGGGGAUCUGCCCUGGUGAGAGGCACAAGAUGAGGACACUGAGACGCCAUGGGCUGGCAUUACUGCUCGCCCUCAGCACCAUGUGUACCAGCCUGCUGAUCAUGUACAGCAAUAUGGGCAGCGAGAAGGAGGAGAGCCCCCAGCUGCCAGCCACCGCCAGCAGUGUGAGGAAGACCAGCACCAGGGAGCGGCCCCCUAGCCACGUCCUGGAGGGCUACAUCAGUGUCAGCGACCACAAGCCCCUGAAAAUGCGCUGCAAGAGUUGUGCGCUGGUCACCAGCUCCGGGCACCUGCUGGGCAGCAAACUGGGCGAUAAGAUUGACCAGACGGAGUGCGUGAUACGGAUGAAUGACGCCCCCACGCAGAGACACGGGCAGGAUGUCGGCAACAGGACCAGCCUGCGCGUGGUGGCGCAUUCCAGCAUGCAGCGGGUGCUGAGCAAUCGCAACGAACUGCUAAACUUGAGCCAAGGCACCGUCUUUAUCUUCUGGGGUCCGAACCACUACAUGCGAAGAGACGGGAAGGGCAUCAUUUACAACCACCUGCAGCUCAUAAACAAGUUACUACCUCGGUUAAAAAUCCACAUCAUCACGCGACACAAAAUGCUGCAGUUUGAUGAACUUUUCAAGAAGGAGACGGGAAAGGACAGGAAGGUUACGAACACUUGGCUGAGCACGGGAUGGUUCACGGUGUCCAUUGCUCUAGAGCUCUGUGACCGGAUCGAUGUCUACGGGAUGGUUCCUCCAGACUUCUGCAGGGCCACCAAUAACACGUUGGUGCCUUAUCACUACUACGAUCCCCAGGGACCGGAUGAAUGUACAACGUAUAUCUCUCAUGAAAAAGGACACAAAGGAAGUCAUCGCUUUAUUACAGAGAAGAGAGUUUUUGCCAAAUGGGCACGGACCUUUAAUAUUAACUUUUUUCAACCAGACUGGAAACCAGAAUCACAUUCUGGAAAUGAAUCCCUUGUGAAACCGAUGUUCUGAAGAGACGACACGAGGCAGCCAUGUUGUGGCCUGAACCAAUAUUCAACCCGCAAAUUCCCUCGGAACUAGGACACUGCCGGUGAAGCUGGUGAUAUUACUAAUUCUCAAGGAACUAGGGGUCACUGAGGCAGGUUUAGGGGCAAACACCAUUGUUCCCAAAUGCUUGAUUUUGCAGCAAGAGUGGCAGCCCAUGCAGGGGGCAUAAUUAGCACUUAAUAAGCUAUAGUCUGCCUCAUACAAAUUACAAAGUAGAGUGUAUGUAAUCCAGACAUACACAGAACCAGCGAUCACAGUAAGCCGUUAGGUGUAGAUGAUUGGGAAGGGGGAGUUUCGGAUGUGGGCACCACAAUCCAGGGCCCACCGCUCUGUGGAGCAUGACUGGGAAAGUGGCAGAAGAACCUAGCAUUGUCCCUGAACAUAGAUGUAGACAUUGGUCUCCUUAUACACUGAAUAGUGUAUGUAGUACAAAAUGAAUUAAUGCUUGACAGCAAUCCUGAAAACAUGACCUGCUGGGAAAUGGGAGGAUUGAGGUUGAGAACCACGGCUGUAAACGACUGUUUUCCAAACGCAAUCCUCAGAAACCCCUAACAGCGCAUGGUUUCCAGAUGUACUAGUUGGUGCAAAGGUGUCCAACUAGUAGACAUUUAUAAAAUAAAAAAUAAAUAUUUCAGUAGUGAUACUGAGGAGAUCUGUAAAACAUGCCAUGUUAGGGGUCCCUGAAUACAAAGUUUGGGGAACAGGUCAUAAUUUCAGGAUUUAUGUCCGUGAAAGCAGGUGGGAUAAUUACUGACCCAGUUACGUAGAUGAACCCACCUGUGCAUGAUUAACAAAAUCCACAAAACAUGUUUGGUGGGAUUUGAGGACUGGAGUUGAGAACCAAAGGUCUAUAGUACACUAGGACAGAGUUUAAAGAACAAACUUAAUUAACAUAAGUGGUCAGGAAAAGGUUAACCAUCCCAUCAUGAAUAUAUAUAGUACAACUAGUAGGAGACCGAAAUGAGCUUUCUAAGCACACGUUCUCCCACCUCAUUGUAAGACGCCGGUCUCUUCUUGCUGGCAGCUGCUUUCUAGUCAGUGCUCUGAUUAAGCACACACUUGUCUGGAGACACUUAUGCCACUCGGAAUAUGCAGGCGCUCCAGUCCAUCACUUACACUGCACGUUGUGGCUGUAGCUCUAGUAACAUAGGGGUAUAUGCAAUUCACGGCGAAUCGCAGCAAAUUAUCGCCGUUUUUUAAUUCGACACAAUUCGACAGGUGAAUUCCGGCAGGUGGCUGCCGGAAUUCACCAUAUUCAAUGAAAAACGGAUUCGACAGUCCCGCGGGCGAAAAACGGCCGAUUUGCCGGAUUUUGCCGCGAAUUAAAAAAAUGGGGAAAAACCCGGAAAAAAAUGUCGUGGGGUCCCC